CUCUCGUUUGGCCUAGUUUGUGAAAUCGUACUUCCACCAUACCUCUAAUAUGGGUAUAUGCCGUGCGAUGUAAUAAUAAUACAAGGUAGUGGUACAUACAAAUUCAAUGUGUAAUUUCAUUAUGCGUAUGAUACAUAAACGAUGUGUAUACUUCAUAUUAACGCCUUAUUCAAUCAAAUGCCCAUUUUCUUACGAGUCAGGCCAGACCGGCAGGUGGAAUCUAUGAUGAAGCAGUUCCCGAAGGGUUAAGUCAAUUGGUUUAAAAAAAUGCCUGCUUUCUUCCAUCAAAUUUAAUAAAGUUGCCACCCAAAGAAGUAUAAAAAUGGCAGGCGAUUAGGCAGAGGGGCAGAUUUAACAGUCGUGAGUAAAGAUUUUUGCCGUAAAUGGGGGACUUACACGGUGAUCCGGCGCUGGCCACCGAGUUAGAGGUGAAAUUGUCGUUACAGGAUUUGGAUACUGCCCCUGCCACUCCUCCAAACAGAAAUAGUACUACUACUAAUAACAACAAUGUUAAUGGAGUUGAAACCAGUGGAAAUGACAGCGGGAAGAGCAAUGGCGUUCAACGCUCGCCGAGCUUUGCCUUCAGGGCUCCACAGGAAGCGUAUCGCAUGGAUGAUUUCGAAACUGAUAGAGUGCUCGGGGUUGGCUCUUAUUCAAGGGUUAUUAGGGCAAGGAAGAAAGACACUGGGAGAAUUUAUGCUUUAAAGAUUAUGGACAAACGAUUUAUAGCAAAAGAAAAGAAAGUAGCAUAUGUAAAGCUGGAACGCAUCGUGCUCGAUCAGUUAGAUCACCCAGGGAUAAUAAGGCUCUAUUUUACCUUCCAGGAUGCUUACCAUAUCUACAUGGGCCUUGAAUCUUGUGAUGGAGGAGAGCUUUUUGAUCAGAUAAGUAGGAAAGGGCACUUAUCAGAGGAUGAAGCUCGUUUCUAUAGUGCAGAAAUAGUGGAUGCCCUGGAGUAUCUUCACAAAGUAGGGCUGAUUCAUCGAGAUGUCAAGCCAGAAAAUGUACUCCUUACUGCAGAUGGGCACGUAAAACUAGCAGAUUUUGGAAGUGUGAAGCCAAUGGAAAACAGUUCAAUUGAGCUAAUUCAAACUACGUCAAAUGAGAAGGCCUGUACAUUUGUUGGUACAGCUGCAUAUGUUCCACCAGAAGUUCUUAAGCAAGCGCCUCCAAGUAUUGGAAACGAUCUGUGGGCACUGGGUUGCACUUUGUAUCAGAUGCUAUCUGGUAUAUCACCCUUUAAGGAUGCUAGUGAGUGGCUCACAUUCCAAAGGGUGAUGGAUAGGAAAUUUGAAUUUCCUGAUUACUUUUCUUCUGAAGCAAGAGACCUUAUUGAUUGUCUAUUGGAUAUGGACCCUUGCAAGAGGCUUGGUACUGGCCCUAAUGGAUAUGCUUCUCUCAAGAGCCAUCCUUUUUUCAAGGGGAUUGAUUGGGAUAAUGUGAGGGGCAUGACGGCUCCAAUAAUAGCACCUCCAUCAACAGAUAAUAAGGAAGAAAAUGCUGAAGAUGAUGACUGGUUGAUUGGCGGAGUUGGUUUUACCAAUGAUGAAACACUUCCCAAAGACAAAGACACCACUUCAUCAUCAUCAGCAGAAGUGAAUAAGGCAAAAUUUACCACUCUCGAUGCUUUUGAUUCUAAAUGGGAGAAGUUUCUGGAUCCAGGCGAGUCCAUUGUGAUGACUUCCUUGGUUAAGAAAGUACGGAAACUUUAUAACAAAAAAAUGCAGCUGAUUCUUACAGACAAGCCUAAGUUGAUAUAUGUAGAUCCAGUCAAGAUGGUAGAAAAGGGAGAGAUAGUCUGGUCUAACAAUCCCAAGGAUCUUAAUGUCCAAGUGAUAGAUUCUUCUUCUUUCAAGAUUUGUACUCCAAAAAAGAUAACCUCGUUUGAAGAUUUAAAACAGCAGGGAUGGCAGUGGAAAGAUGCUAUCGGAACUCUACAAAAUCGAUAACAUAAUCAUUGCUGGCAAUCCAUAGAAGGAUGACAUAUGCAAUUAUCUCCAACCAAUUGGUUCUUAUAUGCGAUACAACAACAAAUUGAAUCAAUAUAUCAAAGCAGAUCUGAGGGGUCCAUCGGGAAGUGCUGCUUCUGAACCAGAAGUUCAACUGGAGUGCAUAUCUUACUUUCCAUAUGAUCUGGUAAAGCAGAGGUUCAAGAGGAUCUCUAUGGAGUAACACAAUCUUGUUUUGAAGCAGAAACCAAUUCUUAGUUCUAGCACUGUCUUGUCUUGGAUAACAAGAAGUGCUUCUUCAAAUUUGGGCACACAAAUAAAAGAGAGCUCCAGGAAUCUGCUUGAUUUUACUUCAGACUUUAAAAUGCCUAAUUUUUAUUGGCUAUCUCUGAGAUUCCUCCAGAGUUAUUGUCUUAGUGAGCGUUGACAUAUUCAGUCUUUAAAAACACUGAAUCGUGCUUUAAUGAAACACAAUUACUCUACCUGAAUAGAGCUAUGGCAAAGCUUGAUUGAUGUCAGAUUGGCAAUAGGAUUUUGCAUUGUUGAAUGUGUACUUCUGGUCAUAUGGUAGAUUGAGAAUUUGUCUUCUACAUGUGAGUUUCUCAAUCACUUUGAAAUUUGCUUAUUGCUAUGUAUUGUAGAUAUUUUAUUUCUUGUGUGGCUCA